AUGGUGCUAAAUACAUUGUGGACACAAAUUGAAGUGGUCGAUUUAAUCAACGACGGAUCCGGACUUGGCUUUGGCAUUAGUGGUAAUCAAUCAACAGGUGUAGUUGUCAAAGCAAUUGUGCCUGGUUCGAUUGCCGAUAAGGAUGGUCGUAUACAUACGGGUGAUCAUUUAUUUCAAAUAAAUCAUGUCUAUGUACGUGGUAUGAAUUCGGAACAAGUAGCUGGUAUACUUCGACAAUCGUCUGAGCAAGUUCGUCUGGUUGUUGCACGAAGUAUACGUGAACCAACGGCAGCAAUAAAUACUGCAGCAUCAAUAUCAGAAAAUCCUUCUUUAAUAUCAGAAAACGCUAUUCGAACCAGAAACUCUUUAUCAUCGAUGAUGAAUGAUAGUGAGGGAAUUAUCAAUAAUUCACAAAAUAAAAUUCUUCUUCGUACUGAACGUUUACUUGAAAGCAAUCAUAGUUUAGAAAAAAUUCUUAAUAAUCUUCUUAAUCAGUGUCAAUAUGAAGAUGGAACCGAAAUAUUGGAUGUUACGCUUGAAAAAGGCGACGAUGGUUUAGGUAUCACUGUUGCUGGAUACGUCAGUCCUGAUUCAACGAAUGAUGAUGCUAUCGCUGGUAUAUUUAUUCGUGAUAUAGCUGAAGGCAGUGCAUGUUUCCGUGAUGGUCGUUUAGCAAUAGGUGAUCAAAUAAUUGAAGUAAAUGAUCAAUCACUUAACGGGUUUUCUAACGUUCAAGCACUUUAUUUAUUACAAAAUACACAUUCAUCGGUACGGCUUAAAAUUCGACGAUAUCUCGAUGGCGUUAAAUAUGAAAAAAUAAAAGAAAUGAUUUCUCUUGAAUCGUCAAAUCAAAUUGAAGAAAAACUUGAAUUUCAAAAUAAAUCAAAUAUUCAUGAACAAAUACGUGACAGAUGGAUAAAAAUUUUAGGAAAUAAUUAUGAAAUUUUUAUUAUUGAUAUUUAUAAACCCGAUAAUGGUAGUCUUGGAAUAACACUUGAAGGCACAGUUGAUGUUGAAAAUGGUGAAAAAAUUGGAGCACACCAUUAUAUUCGAGCUUUAUUACCCGAAGGGAUUAUCGGCAUGGAAGCAACUUUAAUAUCUGGUGAUGAACUUUUGGAAAUAAAUAAUCAAGUUUUAUAUGGAAAAAAUCAUCUUAAUGUUAUUGAAAUUCUUAAACGAGUUAAAAAUGACAUAAAACUUGUGUGUGCUCGUCGUCAUAUGAAACAAUCUAGGGAGGCAAAUUUAAAACCGAAUGCGAAUCGUUCUCGUUCAAUAUCAUUUUGUAAAUCAACUGAAAUAGUUGUUAAAGCAAAAAGUAUGGGAACAUUAGAUGCAGCAAAUAGUUCAUUUCUACGAACGACCAAAACUCGUUCGCUAGAAAUUGUUUCUAAUUUAGCUUUAUGGUCAACAUCAGUUUUAAAUAUCGAAUUAAAUAAAGGUGAUCACGGUCUUGGCUUUUCCGUACUUGAUUAUCAAGAUCCAUCGAAUCCAAGUUAUUCACCUGUUAUUGUUAUACGAUCAUUAGUAGCAGGUGGUGUAGCACAAUUAGAUGGAAGACUUAUUCCUGGAGAUCGUUUAGUAGCUGUUAAUGAUAUAACACUUGAAAAUAUGAAUUUAGAUGAUGUUAUCAAAAUAUUAAAGUCAACACCAAAAGGUUCAGUUAAACUCAGUCUAUCAAAACCAUUACCAUAUCCAAAAUUCAAAAACGAUAAUGAUGAUAAAAUAAUAACUGAUAGUGAUCAAGAUGUCAAAAUUAAUCAACGUUUAUCACGUAUUAGUAAAAGUAAAACAACAGCAGAAAUAAUGAAUAAUCAUAAGCGUUCUGCUUCCAGUCACCGUUCAAUAAAUGCUAAACCAGCUGUAUCGCCUGGUAUUACUUUAUCAGCACCAGCUAUUCUUAGUAGAUAUGAAUAUGUUGAAACUUUACUACAUAAAGAAAGCCUACAAGAAAAACCUAAAAAGUCAAUACACAACGAUGCUUGGCGUGAAAAAAGUUCAAAAAAAACUUUAUCCUUUAAAACCACUGAAUUAAAAUCCGAAAAUGAUGAUAAACUAAACACUAAAUUAGACAUAAAUUCAUUACCAUCAAAUCAUUAUCAAUCAGAUUUAUCAUUAGUAAAUCAUUAUGCCAAUUUACCAGAAUUUAGUCAUUUUCAAUUCGACCAUUUUCUUCUUGCAUCACGCUCAAGUUCUUAUUCAUCAAAUGAACGUUUACGUAAUUCAUCUACAUUUUCAUCAUCAAAAUUUAAUCGUCAAUCCAAUGCAUCACAAACAACAACUACUGCAACAGCUAAUACUGGUGUAAAUACACCAACAAAACGUGCGUCCCGAUCAAGACAUUCAAAUGAUACCACGAAAUAUUACGAAAAGCAAAAUCAACAAAAACAUUCAAAGCGAUCAAUGAUGAACAAAUUUGACUCGCUGUCAUAUUUUAAUGAACCUGAUUUGAGUACAGACGAUAGCAAUAAUUUAAUUUAUUCAUCAACAACAAAUCAUCGUCAUUCGGUAAAAAAUAAUACUCAUUCGAAACCUCUUCUGAAUGAUAAUGUAUGUGAAAUCAACGACAUGAAACAACAAGAUGAACUAUUGAGUGAUAAUAAUAAUAAUAAUAAUAGUACAAUACCCACAGCUGAACAAUCUAAACGCUCGUCUUCCUCACGACAAUCAUCUCGCAUGGCAUCACCAGCACUGUCAACUAGUUCUCAAUCUUCUGGACGCGUUAUUACAUUACUCAAUCAUGAAGUUAUACAAAUACCUAUUGAUCUAGAACGUGAAAUAUCAAUUAAACAUAAUUUUGAUGAACUUGGUUUGGUUCUUGAUGCUUCUGUUGAUGAUGGUGUUAACGGAUGUUACGUACGUUCCAUAAAUUUAACAUCGAAUAAUAUUUAUUUACAGCCAGGAGAUUUUAUAUUAUCGAUUAAUAAUGAAAAUAUGAGAAAAAUUAGCAAUGCACAAGCACGUGCUAUCAUUCGACGUGCUUCAUUGAUUGGGUCAGAUAUUGGUAUUAUUUACAUUGUUGGCGAAGAAGCCAAACAAUUUAAAGAUCAAAUACUUGAUUCACAAUUAAUACCUCUCGAAAAUCUUGAUUCUGACAUCGAAGCACACCAAUCAAAAGCCAAUUUAAUUGAUGAUGAUAAGGAUUCUCCAAUUCUUAUUGAUAGUGAAAGUUUAUGUUCAACUUUAUGGGGAGCCCCUCGUACUGUUAUUCUGUAUCGUGAUGAACAAAUUAAAAAUCUAGGCAUAAGCAUUGUCGGUGGUAAAUUAGAUUUUUCUGGUCCUGGCAAUACUAUUGAAUCAUGCAUAUCAGGUAUAUUUGUUAAACAUGUUAUACCUGAUUCUAUAGCUGGACGUAAAAGUACAUUAAAAACUGGUGAUCGUAUUCUGGAAGUCAAUGGAUAUAAUCUUCGAGAUGCAACACAUGAUCAUGCUGUUGAAAUUAUACGUUCAGCACAAUCACCCAUUUAUUUUAUAGUACAAAGCUUAUUUGAUGCAUCAAGUCCUAGUACUCAUCUACCACCACCUAUUGAAGACAAUCAAAUAAUUAAACAAUAUGAACAUUUGAAUGGAGAAGUUUUAUUGAUUGAUAUUAAAAGAAAUUCAUCAGAAAUCAAUGAACCACUUGGUCUUUCUCUUAUUGGACAUCGUGACCCCUAUAAAUUAGCUGUUUUUGUUUGUGAUAUUCAACUAGAUUCGUUAGUUAGUCGUGAUAAUCGUCUAGAAUUAGGUGAUCAAUUACUUCAAGUUAACGAUGAAAUUCUUUUGGGUAAAGCGCAUUCAGUCGUAACAUCAAUAAUUAAAUCCAUUAAAUCAGAAACGUUAAAUUUUGUUAUACUGCGAAAUCCUAAUGCAAUGGAUGACAUGGCUUUAAGAAGUCCAUAUAAAUCAAUUCAACAUCACGAUAUAAGUCAUGCCAAUGAACAUAAAGAAAAUGAUGAUCGAUUAACAUCAAAGUCUGAUUUUCCGUUUAAUAAACAUAUAUUUGAUAAUAAGAAACCUAUGAAAAAUAAGAAAUCAUUUAACCAAAUAAAAACAACGAAUAUUGUUGACAAUGAUAACGUAGAUAAAUUAGUAAAUAAUAAUUUCACUGAUUCUCUCGCUUGUGAUAUGAAUAAGUCUUUAUUCAAUAAACAACAUAAUGAAUUAUUGCCGACAUCCUCAUCAAACGCAUUAACACAUGUUAAUAAUGAUAGAAAUCAUCAACUUAUUGCAAACGUUACUUUACCAAUAGUUAGUAAACAAACAAUAGACUACAAUGCUGAAAUAAAAGAUUCGUUUGUAUCACAUAUUCCUAUGAUGUCAUCAUCAAGUUCUUCUUCAUCACUUUCGAAUCCAAAGCCAUUAUUAGAUCAACAGGUUCCUGUUAAAUCAGAACCGCUUGUUAUUACUAGUAAUGGAAUAGAAGAUAAUCCGCGUACAAAGCCUAUCAUCGUUGGACAAGAAACAUUAAUUGAAAUUGAUCGUGGAGAAUUCGGCCUUGGACUUUCAGUUGUCGGUGGAUCCGACACACAAUUGUCAGCGAUUAUUAUUCAUGAUAUUUACGAAGGUUGUGCUACACAACGUGAUGGUCGUUUACUUGUGGGUGAUAGAAUACUUGAGGUUAAUUCAAUUGACUUACGUUCAGCAACACAUGAAGAAGCUAUGCAAGCAUUACGACAAACAACAAGUAUUAUUCGUAUGGUCGUAUUGCGUCGCGAAAUGAUCAAUGAAGAAGAUAAAUUUGAUGUAAUAACAGUUGAUUUUAUUAAAAAAUCAGGCAAAGGACUCGGAUUUAGUAUUAUCGGUAGACGACAUGGAUUUGGCGUAUUUAUAUCUCAUAUUAUUGAAGGUGGUUCAGCAGAAAAGGAUGGUCGACUUAUGUCUGGAGAUUUGAUUCUCGAAGUCAAUGAAAAAGAUUUACGCUUAGCUGCAUAUGAACAAGUUGCUUAUACGCUAAAGACACUUCCACAUGGUCGUGUUUAUAUUAAAAUUGGACGUUUAAAAGUUAAUGCAGACGAAUAUGUCGCUUCAAGCGAGCAUAAACAUCGAUCUUGCUUAUCGUCAACUAAUAAAACAAAUGAUAGAUAA